UACUUUUGGUCUUUCGCAAUCCGACCCCAACAAUGGCGACGGACUCGCAAGCAGGGAGCUCCGGGGGAUUCCUGGGCCGGUCGCUCCUCCUCCUCAGCUUCCGCCGCAACCAGGUGGCGUCCAUGGACACGAUCGACCCACCUCCCAAUAAUAUUUCUAAUUCCCACCACGAGCACCACGACAGCGAGCUCGGAGACCGAUUCCAAUCCCACGUCGCCCGCCGCCUUCGCUCCCUCCUCCCCUCCCACUCCGACUCCGACUCCGACUCCGCCGCCGGCGCCCCCCUCCUCUCUCUCCGCUUCCUCUCGAAGCUUCUGGACGUCCUCGUCUCCUGCGACCGCGAAUUCUGCCACCUCCUGCUGCUGCUGCUGAACCCUUCUUCUGCUUCGUCGCUUUCUUCGAAGCCCGCCGCCGAAUUCCUCGACCGCAGCGUCAGAGCGCUCGACCUCUGCAACGCCGCCUCCGCCGCCCUCCUCUCCCUCCGCCACUGGCGCCGCCAGGCCGACGUCGCCGCCUCCGCCGCCGCCCUCCGCCGCCGCCGCGCCCUUCGCCGCGCCCUCGGCAAGCUCUUCGCCGCCGCCGCCGACUCCCCCGGCAGCGGCGGCCGCAGCGCCAGCGCCCGCUUCCUGUCCAAGAAUUGGUCCGGCGGCGCCGCCGCCGCCGCCGCCGCCCCCGGAGGGGUGGCCGCUGCGGCGGGCACGAUGAGCUGCCUGCUGGCGUUCGCCGCGUGGGCGCUGGCGGCGGCGGUGCCGUUCCUGGAUCGACCGGCGGCGCCGCCGCCACUGCCGCCGCGGCAGACGCAGUGGGCGGCGGCGAUGGCGGCGCUGCAGGAGCGGAUCGCGGAGGAGUCCUCGCAGCGCAGGAGAGCAGGGUUCGGAGUGCUGGCCGAGGUGCGGGCGGUGGAGACGCGCGCAAGGUGUUUGACAGAAUUACUGGAUAAAGAGGGCGCACCGGCGGCGGAGGAGGAUGAAUUGUCGGCGAAGGCUGCGGAGCUGGCGGAGGCGUGCCGGGCGCUGGAGGAAGGGACGGAGCCGCUGGAGCGGCAGGUGCGGGCGGUGUUCCACCGCGUGGCCGCCACCCGUGCGGAGGUCAUUCGCUGCUUGGAUCGGAGCUCUCGUUGCUCUGCUCCCACGGCCACCGCAUCGGCGGCGGCUGCUUCUUCUUCUUCUUCUUCGCCGUCUCCUUCUUCGUCGUAUUCAUUCUGAGAUGAUAGAGUAAAAAUUGGAGGUAAAUUUCUAUUCUUUUUUUGUUGUAGAUGUUAUGUAUAGAUUGACUGCGUAAAAGCAACAACAUAGGUUGCGAGGUGGAUUUGGAAAUUUGGCCACUUCCAUUUUUCUUUAUCUGUUUCUUAAUUUUUUUAAUUUAAUUCGUUAUUGUUUAGAUCUUUCUUUUUUUUUAUUAUUAUUAUACAAUUUUUGUUAUAAGGAUAUUGUUUUGUGUUUAACUAAAAAAAGAUUGUACUCGUGUA